AGCAAAAACAAAAACAAAUUAAAAAAAAGCAAAAAAUAAACAAAGUCUCACUUUCACUCUUUUAUAUAUAUUUUUUGGUUCCCUAAUCACUACUUCUUUUGCAUUUUUACCACCUUUUCUUCACCGUUUUAUUCCAAAGAUAAAAACAAAACCCAAAACCCAAUCCUUUAGAACCCCCAUCCACCACCAUUUUUAGUUUGAGCUCAAAAAGAAGCUCAACAACAGCAUCAACAAUGAGCAAGCCUCAGGGUCGCCGACCACCGCCUUCCGGCCGAACCAACCUCGCUUCUUGCAUAGUCGCCACCAUCUUCUUGAUCUUCAUCGUCAUCGUCAUCCUCAUCGUCUACUUCACCGUCUUCAAGCCCAAAGAUCCCAAAAUCGCCGUUAACGCCGUUCAGCUUCCAUCAUUCGCCGUCUCUAACGGCACCGCCAACUUCACGUUUUCUCAGUACGUCGCCGUCCGGAACCCGAACAGAGCAACUUUUAGCCACUACGAUAGUACCCUCCAGCUCAUCUACUCAGGCGGUCAAGUAGGAUUCAUGUUCAUACCCGCCGGGAAAAUUGAAGCGGGUCAGACCCAGUACAUGGCCGCCACUUUCGCUGUGAAAUCGUUCCCAGUUUCGGAUCCAAGGUCUAUGGGUAUGGGAAUGCAAAUGGGAGCUGCCGGGAAUGGAAUCGAACCCGGAUUGGGAACGGUACCCACUUUCCCAGGAAACGGAGCCGUUGGUGGUGUUGGUGGUGGUGGUGGUGGGUACCCGGUCGGAAUCGGACCCACUUUGGAAAUUGAGUCGAAGAUGGAGAUGGCGGGUCGGAUUCGGGUCUUGCAUAUCUUCACGCACCAUGUGAAUGCCAAAGCUGGGUGCAAAGUCGCCAUUUCUGUGAGUGAUGGAUCUGUGUUGGGUUUUCAUUGCUAAAAUUUCUCAUUCUUUUUUUUUUCAACUUUUUUGUGUAAUUUUUAGCUUUUUAGUUUUUUUUUUUUGGCAAAAUGUGUAACUUGGGGUGUUCAUUUUGUUAACCCAAUUUGAUGAACUAAGUGUAAAAAUUCAAACUUUUUUUGCGAUUGAAUUUUCCCUACCAACUUGUUUCACAUUCUGUUCUUGAACCUCCAAAAUUUUCUCUCAAAAAUCUCUGCUUCUUUUGUUUUUUGUGGCCAAUCUAAGUUGUAAAUAUAAUUGCAAUCUAAGUGGUAAUAAAGCUGCUGCAUUUAUUUUUCGGGUGAGUAUUUUGUAUCCGAUUUUCAACAUUCAAUAAAGGGAAAAGCUAACCAAGUUAGGCCGCCGGAGAGGAAAAGCUUUAUGCUUUUACUUUUUCUUUGAGUAGAUUAAGGGAGUGAGAUUAAUUAAAGUGGAAGCAAACGGUGAUCCUAUAAAUCAGGGAUUUAAUAAAAAGAUCACAAUAUAAAUUAAAUUAUGAUCAGCCAACUUUGAAGGAGAGAGAGAGAGAGAGACAGAAAGUCAGAGUGGGAGUCAGAGUGUGGGUCACCACACCCGUCCAAUCACCAACUCCAAGUGAAAAAUAAGUGAGUGAGAGAUAAGACUUUGGGUGUCUGUUAGAAAGAAGAAAAAGAAAGCAAUAACAGAGUGAUUGUGGGUUGCAUCAUAAUAGAAAGGAAAUUGCUUUUGAAGUUUUUUGCAGUUUGCAGGAAUGACCUAUAGAGGCAGAGGGAGUGAGUGAAUGAUGGUUUGUGGAAUUUGUGGGUUAUCUUGUCCAUUGCGAUUUUUGAGAAAGAUCAGGAUUUCUUUGUUUUUUUUUUUUUAACUAAGAAAAAUGGAUGAGUUACCGCAAAAGAAUAAGUAAAAAAAAAACAAAAGAAAAAUGGGGACUGUAAUGAGGGAGUGGAUGAACUGUAAGCGGGAAGUGGUCAGUGGAAGGUACAGACAUGGCUUUGGGAUUCGAGUCUGCCUUUUUGACUUACACUAUGAUGAUGCUCACUUAGUCUUGGAUAUUUAUUUCACUGCUUUACCGCAUUACCGAUUACCCAACUCUGUAACUGUAAAUUUUUGUUUUUGUCUUUUGCCAAUUUGCUUUCUGCACUUAUUAUUCUUUAAUUAAGAAAACAGAAAAGGAAAAUUAACAAGAAACACUACUUCUUUUUAGUACAAGGUUUCUUAGGGUGUCUGUUUCUUUUUUUUUAAAUUUCUUUGAUAGAGUUGGUGCCACAAUAAUGAAAUCCAGCUCCUGUAGCUUCUAAGAAGAAAAACCAAAAAUAUUAGUUAGAUCUUUCAUUAUAACGAAAAGACAACAAAAUCAUAACAUAUUAAAACUAUACGACAAUUUUACAGACCUAAUUUGCACAACAAUUCAGUGAAUCUGGGAAAAGUUUCUAUAACAUUACCGUUGCAAGAUCUUGGCACAUGAUUGGGUAGAUAUAAAUACAUAGAGUUCGAAAUUCCACAUCAAAGGUUGACCCACACAAAAUAAAAUAAAGAAACUACACAUAAAAAAAAAAAAAAAA